AGCAGAUAAGGCAGGCACCACUACACUCACAGAGAGGGAGAGAGAGAAUGGCGAGCGCGAGUGGAUGCGGGUCGGUGAGCCUGUUGUCGAACCGCAGUGUAUUCCUCGGAAGCGGACUGCAACACCGUACCGUUCUCGUGAAACCGUGGACUUGUCAUCGUCAGGCUCCGUCUAUUGUGGUCGCAGCCAAAGCCAGAACCAGGGGCGAUGAUCGAACCGCCCGCCAUUCCCGCAUCCGCAAAAAGGUUUCUGGCACGACCGAGAGGCCAAGGCUCUGUGUCUUUCGCUCGAACAAACAUCUUUACGUCCAAGUGAUUGAUGAUACCAAAAUGCACACCAUAGCUUCUGCUUCGACCAAGCAGAAACCUGUCUCUGAGGAGUUUGAUUUCACUGCUGGCCCUACAAUUGAGGUGGCAAAGAGAGUGGGAGAAGUUAUAGCAAAAUCCUGUUUGGAGAAAGGGGUUACAAAGGUGGCUUUUGAUCGAGGUGGUUACCCGUACCACGGGCGUGUAGAGGCUCUUGCAGAUGCAGCGCGAGAACAUGGGCUUCAGUUUUAAGGCAGUCUUGUGAUUGUUUUUGGAGAAUGCAUGAUUGAUUCUGUGGAGUGUACUUUUCUUCUGUCGUUCUUGCACGAUGUUGUUUAACUUGGAACUGUUCUUCAUGUUAAAGUCUCAGUCUUUCUGCGGCAUUCUA